AAACAGAGUUCGUAGAAGGCCACGUAAUCUCCCACCUUCCCCCUGCGCGUUCGUCUCCAUUCGAAGCCUCUCUCUCCCUCUCUGUAGCUCUCUCUCUCUCUUUAGGGUUUCGUCGCUCUGCGGCUCUCCGUCUCCUAUCGUUCUCGGGUUUUUUUUUCUGCUGGGGUUUUCUUGGAUUUCCGGCGAUCAGAUCGGGAUCGGAAGGGCCUCCGAUCGGCGGAUCCGAUCUCAUCCGGCCGAAUUUCCGGCUGAGUUUUUCGGUGACUUGAGCGAUCCGUCCGCGUCGGUGGUAAAUUCUCGCCGGCGACGAUGUUCCUUAUAGACUGGUUCUACGGCGUCCUAGCCUCGUUGGGACUCUGGCAGAAAGAGGCCAAGAUCUUGUUCCUCGGCCUCGAUAAUGCCGGAAAGACGACGCUUCUCCACAUGCUCAAGGACGAGAGACUGGUUCAGCAUCAGCCGACCCAGUAUCCGACGUCAGAGGAGCUGAGCAUCGGGAAGAUCAAGUUCAAGGCUUUCGAUCUUGGCGGCCAUCAGAUCGCACGCCGUGUCUGGAAGGAUUACUAUGCCAAGGUGGAUGCGGUGGUUUACCUAGUGGAUGCCUUUGACAAGGAGAGAUUUGCAGAGUCAAAGAAGGAGCUGGAUGCCCUCCUCUCAGAUGACUCCCUGGUGAACGUGCCGUUCCUCAUAUUGGGUAACAAGAUUGAUAUUCCAUAUGCAGCAUCCGAGGAGGAGCUUCGCUACCAUCUAGGCCUGAGCAACUUCACCACCGGCAAGGGUAAGGUGAAUCUGGCGGACUCCAAUGUCCGCCCCCUUGAGGUCUUCAUGUGCAGCAUCGUGCGCAAGAUGGGCUAUGGCGAUGGCUUCAAGUGGCUGUCACAGUACAUCAAGUAGACCGAACAAAACCUCACAACCAUCGUCUGCCAUGAUUUUUAUCAGUCGGGUUUCGAUUGAAACUGUUUCUUUUCUUAGGCUUUCUGCUUUCCAUUGGGUUGUUGAACCAGCAGUUGCGACGGUACGGUAUAUUUAAAUGGAAUGUCAAAACAGUGUAAAGUGUCAUGUAAUGUUAUUUCUGCUGAUGAGUCAAGUUGCUCAUUCAUGUUUA